AUGGCGCCGCGGGGGCACGGACCCGGGCUGCGCGGGCUCCUGGCGCCGCCGCUGCUGCUGCUGCUGCUGCCGCCGCUGCUCGCGCCCUGGCCGGCGGCGGCCCACGGCGGCAAGUACUCGCGGGAGAAGAACGAGGCCGAGCGGCCCUCGCAGCGCGAGCCGGCGGCGGAGUUCCGCAUGGAGAAGCUGAACCAGCUGUGGCACAAGGCCCGGCGGCUGCAGCUCUCCCCCGUGGACCUGUCGGAGCUGCACGCCGACCUGAAGAUCCAGGAGCGGGAGGAGUUCGCCUGGAAGAAGCUGAAGGCUGAGGGCUUGGACGAGGACGGGGAGAUGGAAGCGAAGCUGAUCCGCAGCCUCAACGUCAUCCUGGCCAAGUACCGGCUGGACGGCCGGAAGGACGCCCGGGAGCUCCACAGCAACUCCCUCUCCGCGGGCCCCGAGCCGGACAGCCUGGAGGACCCCCGGCUGGAGAAGCUGUGGCACAAGGCCAAGACCUCCGGCAAGUUCUCCCGGGACGAGCUGGACAGGCUGUGGCGGGAGCUGCAGCACCACCGGGAGAAGGUGCAGGAGUACAACGUCCUGCUGGAGGCGCUGAGCAGGACCGAAGAGAUCCAGGAGAACGCCCUCAGCCCCUCGGACAUGCGCGGCCCGCAGGAGGAGGCGCUGCGCAGCCGGCACGCCGACCUCAAGGACCGGCUGCGGCGCAUCAGCCAGGGCUACGACCGGCUGCGCAGGGUCAGCCACCAGGGCUACGGCGCCGAGGCCGAGUUCGAGGAGCCGCGGGUGAUCGACCUGUGGGACCUGGCCCAGUCCGCCAACUUCUCCGAGAAGGAGCUGGAGGCCUUCAGGGAGGAGCUGAAGCACUUUGAGGUGAAGAUCGAGAAGCACAACCACUACCAGAAGCAGCUGGAGAUCUCGCACCAGAAGCUGCGGCAGGUGGAGCGGUUUGGUGACCACGAGCACGUGAGCCGGAACAAGGAGCGCUACGCCAUGCUGGAGGAGAAGACCAAGGAGCUGGGCUACAAGGUGAAGAAGCACCUGCAGGACCUGUCGGGCCGCAUCUCCCGGGCGCGCCACAACGAGCUCUGA